AUGGUAGACGCGUGGAAUCAGCUCCUUGAUGCGUGGAAUCUUCCAGGUCGUCCCGAUGAAAUGAAAAACGUUACAUUCGCCGAAUUUGCUUGGGAUAUGUUCCAGCAAGAUACAAAUGGCCUAGGUUGCGACACUUCUGAUAACUCUAUAUGCAGAAACGUAGUCAAGUGCUUGAACGAAACUACACCUUUACCGCAAGCUGGAUAUUUAAUACUCAACUCUUUAGUAUUUCUUAACACGUUGUUUUACGAAAUUAGCUCCUCAAUGGAUUCUGCGCAACAAGCCAUGUCGGGCGAAACACUAGUAUUGGCAGAGAAGUUCGCACCGUCUGCAGACACCAAGUCCACUGAGACAGCCAGCAUCGUGUUUGGUUUUAUGGAAACUGCUUUGGGCCUAGUCUCAGCAGGCUCACUCAGUAGUGCUUUCAAUGCGUUACGAUUUCUCGGAACAACAACCGAGAAGACGAUAGAAACACUGAAAUCGACGGCCGAGGCCGGUAUUGGGUUCGCUGCUGCUGCACUUGAAGCUCUCCCACCCCCAACCACCUCCGAGGAGAUGGGCACCAUGCUACAAACCGCCCUAGGAGAGUUCUACACGACGGCGAAGGAUUCUUUGAAAAUGACCCUAAAGAUCGUCAUGGGUGCAACUGGCGACGAUACCUAG